AUGAUGUUUCGGCUGAUAGAUCGGCAUGGGAAUGAGUUUCAGCGGUGUUUUAUGGCUUUAGGAGUGGGCGACUUUCAUGGAGCGACAGUUGGUUUCGACGAGGUAGAUGGUGGCUGGCGUUGCAAGUGGAUUUCGGGUGAGAAAGAGAGGGAAAAGAGGUGUUCGAGUCAACGGAUUCGGGUUGACUGGUGGAAGAGAUGGGGCGGCUUUGGUCGAGUUUUGAUGGAGAUGGCAGUUGGAGAGGUCCGCGAUGGCUGGUAG